AUGUCGAUUCUCAUCACUGGCGCCGGCGGCUACGUCGGUCAGGAACUGGCCUCUGCCCUUCUGGCCAACACCCCAGCCUCGACCACCGUGACCAUAACCGACGUCGUCGAACCAGCCAUUCCAGAGUCAGCGACACAACACGCAAGCCGGUUGAAGCGCGUGCGCGCCGACUUAACCGUCCCCAAAGAGGUCGACGAGCUGAUCCACGCCUCGCAUCCCUACGAGACCGUCUACAUCCUACAUGGGAUCAUGUCCAGCGGCUCAGAGGCGAACUUCGAGCUCGGCGUGCGGGUCAACCUCGACGCAACACGGUACAUCCUCGACCGGCUGCGCGCCACUAUGCUCGGCGUGAAGGUAGUCUUCACCUCGUCGCUGGCCGUCUACGGGCCCGCACCACCCGGCUUCCUUAUCAACGAGUCCAACUUCGCGCCCGUGCCAUCGUCGUCCUACGGUUCCCAGAAACUGAUCAUUGAGACCCUACUGAAUGACUACUCGCGCCGCAGUUUUCUCGACGGCCGUUGCGUGCGUCUCCCUACCGUCACAGUGCGAGCGGGCAAGCCUACCCAGGCGGCGAGCAGUUUUGCGAGUGAUAUCAUCCGCGAACCCUUCCAUGGCAAGAAGGCGAUCCUCCCCGUCGCUAAGGAGACGGAGAUGUGGAUCUGCUCGCCGCAUACAAUUGUCAAGAACUUGCUUCAUGCGCGUGAUGUACCGAAGGAGGCCUUUGGGGAGUCGCGGUCUGUUAACCUCCCGGGCUUGAAGGUUAGUGUGCAGGAGAUGCUGGAUGCGUUGGAGGUGGUGGGGGGCAAGGAGAGACGGGCCCUCGUGGAGGAGAAGUACGAUGCGGCGACGGAUAAGAUCGUGCAGUCGUGGACGCCGCAGUUUGACACGGCGCGGGCGUUCCAGCUGGGUUUUGCGGCGGAUAUAGGGAUGCUGGAGAAUAUUCAGCAGUUUGCCAGCGGGUUUAUACAGUAG